AUGCCAACUUACGCGUUUGCCAACACUGACGCCUUAUCCAGUGCGUUGAAUGAAUUUGUCGCCAAGAAAUCCAAGGAAGCUAUUGCAGACCAUGGUGCUUUCAGCGUUGCUGUAUCAGGUGGUUCCCUUCCCAAGUUGCUUGCUGCCGAUUUGAAGAACAACAAACAAGUCGAUUUCACGAAAUGGCACAUUUUCUGGGCUGAUGAACGAUGCGUUCCAUUGGACGAUGCCGACUCCAACUACAACGAGUUGAAAAAGACUGGGUUGCUGGACCAUGUGCCCGAUAACAAUGUCCAUACAAUCAAUGCUUCUUUUGGUAAGGAUGCUGAAAAGGCCGCGGUGGAUUAUCAAGCACAACUUCAAGAGUACUUUGGUCAAUUACCAUCCAUCGACUUGAUUCUCCUCGGUAUGGGUCCUGAUGGUCAUUGCUGUUCAUUGUUCCCUGGUCACCCCUUGUUGGAUGAGGCCACGCGUUGGGUAGCACCUAUUGUUGAUUCUCCAAAGCCUCCACCAGAACGCAUCACUCUCACUUUCCCGGUUGUCAAUAAUGCAAAGGCCGUUGCUUUCGUCACUGCAGGUGAAGGUAAACAAGACAUGUUACAAAAGAUCCUCGAGCAACCCGAUCUUCAACUUCCUUGUCAACGUGUCAAGCCCCAAGGACCUGUUUAUUGGUUUGUCGAUCAAGCUGCUGCUGGCAAAGUACAAAAAGACCUCAUCUCCGAAUAUUAA